UACUUCCGGCGAUACGGCGCGAAAUUUUCUAUCGCGAAGCAGACGUCCGCGGCGCGGUUGGUUGGAAACGUACUGGCGGAAGUGGAAGGAAUUUGACGUUAUGCUGGUUCAGAUUGCAAGCUAAUUUCAAGCAGGAUGCAGUCAGAUUUUGAGUCUUCACUGAGGGAAAAUGGCUUCCGAAGUCCGAGACCGCUGCCUAAGUUUCUUCAGGAGCAAGUGACAUUUUCUCAGAAGAAGCAUCGAGGCACAACACCACGUCGGACGGGGCCGCCCAGACCACCACUGAAAAGUGUCCCUCCGGUCAGCCGUCUGUUUCCAAACAAGACCAGGGAGGAAGAGUCUCGACCCAGAGCGGUUUCUUUCCGGCAAUCAGAACCCUCUGUCUUACAGAGUCCCCAUUACAAUGAGAAGAGCACGGAGUCCUUUUUCAAUCAGUGCUUUGAGGUCGUGCAGAAACUGGGCGAAGGCUCAUUUGGUGAGGUGUACAAGGUCAAGUGUAAGGAAGACGGCAAACUCUAUGCUGUGAAGCGAUCCAGGGAACGAUUCAAGGGUGAAGCUGACAAGAAACGAAAGCUUGAAGAAGUUCACCAACAUGAAACAUUGAGCAGACAUCCUAACUGUGUGGAGUUCCUCAAAGCGUGGGCGGAGAAGGGCCACUUGUACAUACAGACGGAGCUCUGCCAAAUGAGUUUGGAGGAAUACAGCGAGAGCCACCAUGACAUCUCUGAAAGCACAGUCUGGAGUUUCCUUCUGGACUUAAUGAAGGGUGUGAAGCAUCUUCAUGAUCACGACUUGCUUCAUUUAGACAUCAAACCAGAGAACAUCUUUGUCUCCAUGUACGGAGCUUGCAAGCUGGGUGACUUUGGCCUCACAGUGCAACUCGGAAAGAAUGAUUUGACGGACGCUCAAGAGGGAGACCCACGAUACCUAGCCCCGGAGUUACUUCAAGGCAAGUUUGGCAAACAUGCUGAUGUCUUCAGCAUUGGAAUCACCAUUCUGGAGUUAGCAUGUGACCUAGAUUUACCUCAGAACGGUCAGUUGUGGCAUCAGCUUCGUAACGGCGACAUCCCAUGGGAUAUUACAAAAGGUAUUUCCAGGAGCUUGAAGGACAUCAUCAUAUCCAUGAUGGAUCCUGACUACCAGCGUAGGCCGUCUCUUGAAGACUUGCUCCAUCUUCCCGUCAUGAGGUCGGUGGACAGGAGAAAUCGCGUCAUGUUGACCUUCAGAAAAGUUUGGGUAUCCAUCUUAGCGUUUCUGAGCAUGCUCAUUGGGAUCCUCGCGAUGUUUGUACAGAUAGUGACACACACCCUGAGGUUACCGGUGAUGCAUAUGGUGAAGUCACCCACGACGAUACCCAAAGCACAGAGACCCUCUCACUGGGAUCUCAGCUACUCUGAGGAUGAGUGUUUUGAUACAGAUGUAUCCCAUGGUUCAUAUGGGCAACCGCUUUCCAAUCUCUCGUUUUCGAGCGACGAAGAAAAGAGCAAAGUAUUCACAGAACCUGCAAGCUACCCUGUUAUAUCCACCUCGGGAACACCGCUACUGAACAGAAGUUGUCGUCGGACACCCCUCCAUCAGCCCAGAAGCUCCUCCCCUAUCUGUCACGGCAGACUCAACAACAGCUUUGACAGAUGGACACCCAACGGCAGUCCCAACAUCAGCGCAGUACACGACGAUCCAGCAACUCCGCUCAAUCUGAGUUUUGAUGAGCCGAAGGCACUCAACAAAUCAGCACUUGAACCUAAAAAUCUCAUGCAGAUCUUUGAAGAUACGGAUGAUAACUAGACACCAACAGACAAGUAGACGAUCAGAUAUGACAUACAUGUAUAUACAGAUUUGUUUAUUAUAGAGAUAUUAUAUAAUGAUGUUUUUGUUUGUAUAAUUUUCAGCAUUGUCUUCAGAGAAAGCUGUACAUAAAUGUUGUAAAGAUUUCCAGAGCUUAAUGGAGACAUAGCUUGGUUAAGAUUUUGUCAUUUCAAAAUUUCAGAAGUUUACAGACUUGCUUGGUAAUUAACCGUUAACCAUGGAGUCAACUUAUAUUCAAAGGGAAAAUACAACAUUUGCAAACAUCAAAAAAUGACUGAGAAUAUUUCUAUUCUCUCUGGACAUGCUGGAUGGGAUGCUUGUCCAUCGCAGGUUACUCCCCAGCUAAUGCCAGUACCCAUUUAUACUCCUGGGUGGAGAGAGGUAAGUGGGGGUGAAGUGGUUUGCCCAUGGAUGCAAUACAUGACCAGCAGCUGGAUUUGAACCCCUGACCCUCUGAUCACGAGUCACGAACCCUAACCACUUGGCCACACCCCCAGACUCUCAUGUGCUCAGGCAUACAUACAUACAUGUGCUUAAUUACUGCAUCUUGCAUACAAUUAAACCUGGGCGACUAAGGAGUUAUGUGAGCCUUUCCCAAAUUAUUGUUUUCAAACAAUUUUGCUGUUAUCAAGCCAAUCAGAUACGAAUAUCUUCGAAAGAGUUUAGGAGAGACAAAAUAGGCAAGAUACUUCACUUAAUGUUACUAUUUCAAGAUUUUGGUGGGUUUUUUUUUCCAUUUGUGAGCUAAUAUAAUGCUUUACCUGAAAAAUAUUUUACUUUCCAGUUAUUAUUCACCCAGGGCUAUUGUGAAUUACCACCUCUGAAUAAUCUACAAGCUCAAGUCAAUUAAUUCAAAAUGUGCCCUCAAACUUACCUAAAAAGGUCAUAUAGGUAGAUCAACUUUGUCAUGUAAAUAUUAAAGCGGGUAUAAAAUAAUGAACAAAUGAACCAAAGAAUUAAGUACAAGUUGUUACUGAAUUUUUCAGACGAGAAUUUUUUUUAUUUCAAUCUUUUGUUUUGUAAAUAAUGUAAAUGAGCUCAAGUUGUAAUUACUUUUGGCAAACAAUGGCAAUGUCAAAUAACAGGUGCUUCCCUUGAAAACUA